UUCAAGAGUAGGUAAGGUGUCUGCACUUGCGCUUGAUCAUCUUCAUUUCAUUUCCAUCGUUUGGCCGGCCACUCGUCUCUGCUCGUCUAAAGGCACAUCGACUGCCAUCUUGCAUCUGCCCUCUCCUCGCACCUUCGACGACUUUCUACGGCACGGCACGGUCACGAUCACGACCACGACUGGUUGAUUCCCCCGGUGCGCCUGUGCGACGGCUCCCCUUUCCAGACCCGACCCAAACUCCAACUCCACCACUUACGCUUUUAGUGGUAUAUCACCCGUGUCAUCUGUCGUCAUUGACUUGGCCCCGAGACCCCUACGAAAUCUGCUGCGAGCCUGCUCUACCGAUCUCGAUCCACUAAACACCGGGCCUCACUCAACCACAAGUAAAAAAAAAGUUCCAUAGCUGCUGCUUUCCAUUACCGCUACCAUGUCUUGGGAACUCACCCGCCGCCGAGUUGUUCGGUCCAUCAACAGCAAGUUCAUAUUUGAUAGAAUUCCGCUUCUCCAUGCUGUUAUCUUCAUAAUAGAGAUGGGAAUCAUUGCACGACUCGCAUCGCGCUACAAUGCCUACUUCGAUAGACGUCCAUUGCUCACCACGAUGGUGACGAACGCUGUCCUUGGUGGCAUUGCCGAUACCGUCGCCCAGACUAUAACAUCGGUUAAACAGCGAUCCAACAAUCGCAAACUCGUGAGAGGCGAUUCCAUUUCUAUUGAAAUCCAAGAUUUUGGGAAGAAGGAUUCGCGGGGCGAUUCCUAUCCCGAUCCUAGGACACUUGCAACACCGUUUGAUUUCGAGCGCUUGACGAGAUUCAUGGCCUACGGUUUCGCCAUGGCCCCUAUAACAUUCAAGUGGUUCGCCUUUUUGUCGCGAGCCUUCCCGAUCACCAAAACUAGCGCCUUUGUCCCGGCUUUGAAGCGAGUGGUGGUAGAUCAACUCGUGUUUGCACCGAUCAGCGUGGGAUUGUUUUUCUCAGUUAUGACAGUCGCAGAAGGCGGCGGUCGUCGAGCGGUGGCUCUGAAGCUGAAGGACAUGUAUUUGCCAACCUUGAAGGCAAACUACAUCGUGUGGCCUGCUGUUCAGAUCAUCAACUUUCGCUUGAUGCCUGUCCAAUUCCAACUUCCUUUUGUUUCCACCAUUGGUAUCGCCUGGACGGCAUACCUUUCCCUUUCUAAUGCAUCCGAAGACGAGGCUUUGUCACACGAGAAUGUCGCCCCUUACUCUCCUAACAUACGCCUCGAGUAAGGGUGAUGUAUGUUGACUUAGGCACUUAGUUGCCGUAGUAGGCUGAUCAGUCGCAAGACAAAUGGUCAGAUGGUCUAUUCAUUCUGCAUCUAGGCGUCGGAGGUGUUAUUGAUUGAUUGGGAUUUUGGGCGGUGGACUUAUAGUUCGAUAGAGAUUUG